AUGCAGUCUCCAGGCCGCUCAACGCCAGCGUCGGCGUCAACAUCGGCACAGGCACCACCAUCACCACAUAUGCCUCUUGCUACCGUCCGACCAACACCCCUCCACCCACUGCAGGAAGACGCGCUUGUCUUGCAAUAUACCCGCUCAUCCACCGAUAGUCCUCAAAACGAGCGUGAUGGCACGAGAAUCCAAGUCAACCCUGAGCUCGCCCGUUCUCAUCUACCGAGGCGAGCUCCAGACCAAGAUGCUCAAGCAGCUCGCGACAAGCUCGACCGCAUAGCAAAAGCACAAAAACAAAAGAAGAAUUGGGCAAAGUCCACUGGUGUCACUCUGGUCGCCAAGGCAUCUGGGCAGAAUGACCGUCGACUACGCAGACGUGCCUAUGGCGCCUCUUCCGACGAUGAUAGCAGCGACGAUGCGUUCCGUGAUGACGACCGAACUAGUACCAAAGGCGAGGUUAAGCUCAUGAUCAUGGGCAACCCGGUUGUGACCAAAGUCUUUGAUGCUGCCUCACGCGCCAAAGGUCGCUUUCGUAACCACCCUGACUCUACCGAGGUGUCUCCACAGAAUGAGGAUACACCCUUUCGCUUUUCGAUCGGUCGGCCAGGGAGCUCGUUGGCGCGGCGCUUCCGUACUGGAACUGCAACACCACCACCAGAAGCAGCGUUGAAGAGCGCUGUCUCCUCCCCAGUUGUCCAAGGGCAGCCCCGCAUCUCCAGUGAUGGCACUCCGACCACUGGGCUUGAUCGCCCCAAGUCUCGAGUUGCGCCGAGCUCAGGUCCAGAGCUGCUAGUAGUAGACGAGGAAGGCCACUCUCAUCAAGCAAGCGAGAGUCCUGCCCCCGGAUCACCAAACCAUCCGGCUCUACCCUUCUCGAGAAGCUUGAACAAUCACACCCCAAGCAGCAUGUCUUCCAGCCAGCCUAGCGAUGGUAACAGUCCAGGCAACACUCCAGCAGCAGAACAACCCAAGCAAGUUAGCGACUCUGCUUCGAGCCUCAUCGCCGGUCCAAUGUGCGACGAGCCUGAUGCUCAUGAGCCAGGAAUCGUCGCAUCUCCAUCACAGGCUCACGGCUUUCCAUCGCCGGCUCCUAGUUCCUCGGUCUCGGACGCCUCUAGUGAUGAUGAGCUUGAUGACAGCGCUGUCAUCUCUGACUCAGAUGAGGGAGGCGACAACAUGCUUCAGCUCAACUCUUUGAACCUAGAACACGGCGAGACUCUGACCAAAGACCAGCUCAAGCGUCGCAAGAAGCUUAUUCGACGCGAGAUUCAGCGCAGGAAGGCAAAUGGCGAACCGGUCGAUGAUCUCAUCCAUAUGCAUGGCAAAGUGGGUCAGCUCGGUCACAAGGUCUCUUCUCGCGUCUCCAAGGGACUCCACUACGCCUCGAGCCAAAGCCGAAACCGUCGCGCGAUGGAUCGGUACUCGCCGCAUCCAAUGCAGCUGUCGUUGCAGACCACAGACCUGCCGCCAAGUACUUCUGCACAGAGUGGCGGUGCAGAACGAGGCAUGUCGCCCUUCUCUGCCAUCACCCCAUCCCUUUCCAGGAGCAGCAACCCAUUCAGCAACCCAUUCGGCGUAAGGCGCGAGUCAGUGGCGACAAUCGCCAGCAGUCGAAGAAGCUCCAUGACUGUCGACAACGAAGACGAUCCCAACUAUGGCGACGGCACGUGCACGAUGCGCAGAUCCAGCAUGAUUGAUCGCUCUAUCCUUAGCUCCCGCAACAGCAUCCUCAAGUACUUGCACGCACCUGACGUCAUCAAGCGUCGUCGUCGGAAGAAGUGGGAAGCGGAGAUGGCUGCCCUCGAGCAUGCAGCUGAAGUCGAAGCCAACAAAGCUGAUCCCGAUGCCGAGCUCGACACACUGCUCGCCAAGCAUGCUCAGCAAGAAGCGCCCACCGAUGCCACCAAAGUCAAGUACGAAUUUGACGUGCUUUACGAGAAUCAGCGUGGUUUGCUGGUCUUUGGUAUUCCCAAGUUCAGCUAUCGCACGCUGUUUCAGUGGGACCCUUCGCCAUGGACGUCUGCAAAUGGCAAGCGAUCUCCGUACAACAUUGCCAAUGCUCAGCUCCCAGAUCCUUCGUGGGAAUGGGCCUAUCAUGAAUGGUUUAUCGACAUGACAGGGGAUGUUGAUGAGGCUGGUUGGCAGUAUAGCGGCAACUUUGGCCGGAGGUUCUGGCCCAACGUUCAUUUCCCGCAUGGCAGGAUCGGUUUACCAAAGACGGGCGCAGAUGGCAUCGCCGAGAUGAAUGCAAGGAAUGCGGCGAAAGAGAAGAAGCGACAGGAGAAAGAGAGCACAAAGGAAGAUGACGGCUUUGAAGCCAUCAAGCGAUCUGCCAGAGCGAGGUCGAGUAAGUGGACUGGUUCGCCGGAUGCGUGGACGUUCGUGAGGCGCAGGAGAUGGAUCCGCCUGCGUCGAAGGAAGCCAUUGACAAAUCCGAAUGCGCCCAAGGGUGGCGAUCCAGUGCCUACGCAGGGUAAAGCUGGAACCCCUGUCCAGGAUCUUCCUAUACCAGAUGGUGUGGGCAAGACACCCCUGUCUCCGGGCAAGAAUGGAGUCAAGUCUGGGAAGAGCGAUGACGAGUUGGACGAUGAAAGCUCGUUUGGCGGCUCAGAUGAGAGUGACUCUUCGUCAAGCCAAGAUGAUGAGAUGCUCUACGCUCCCGCUUUCGGACGUUCAUCCGGCUUCCUUCCAGGUCGCCUACCUGGUGGCAUGUCCAACGGGCCCAACCCGGCCAAGAGCAAAGACCCGCGUCAACGUCAACGCGCACGCAAGCAAGCCCGAGAGUUCACGGGUACGAUACGCGAACUCAAGUCUCUUUUGCCGAGUAUCAUCGCUAUGGAUCGCGAAGCUAGAGUUCAUCGCGCGCCCACCGGCCUGACGGCCAGUCAGAGCUCGUACAAGCGGGCUAUGCUGAAGAUCAACAAAGUGGAUGCGAGAAAUCCUUUCAUCAGCUGGCACUUUGUCAAGCACAGAUUGCAGGAUGAGGACAUGGCGUUUGCAACGACGACGUUGCGGACGAUGGAAAGGAAGUUUCAGCAGCGACAGCUGGGCGCGCUGAACAGGCAAGGUGCUGCAGCAGGCGAGAACGGAGCGACGCCGUCGCAUCAGCCAAUCCCGUCGGGUUUCUUGGGAGCCAGCAAGUCGAUCCGGUUCGAGGGAGCUGAAGCACGAGAAGCUCCAACCUUGCCUAAUGGUGUGGAGAAGGGGGAGACCUCGGCAUCUGGGUUGGGGUUGACAAGCAACACCAGCUCCUCACGCCUGCAAGAGCCUUUCUCAGCAACCUCCACGGAAGGCCACGAGCUGACACGCGAAGCUCUCAUCGAGAUCAACUUUGCUCGCGUCCUUCGCGUCCUUCGUGCUUGCAAGAUCGAUCGUCAAAGAAUGGAUCUCUGGAAGUUGUGGCUUGGUGUUGUCUCCCUCGACUAUCUUAUGGAAACGGCUCGACGCGAAGAUCUGGCUGCACUAGGCCUCCUAGCCCCCAUUGAUCCCUCCGGUGACCCAACUCUGCCUCCCACAUCCACCUCACCUGCUCCAGUCGAGCCACCUCACAUGAGCGGCGGUAGCUCCUUCCGCUAUCGCCAACGAGCAGAGCGAACCCGUGCCCGCUGGCGAUCCUCAGUACCCACACCUGACCCCUCGGACGUCUGGGACGUGCUCGAACGCAAACUCGACGACGUGCUCUUGCUGUUCGAGUUCCAGUCCAAUCGGGCACAACUCAUCCGUCUUCUUCUCACGGUACACGAGAAGCUGCAUCCUGAGCAUGUCUACCGUGACCGCUCACUGCGGGCUAAUCCAGUUGAGCUGUCUCCAGCACAUGUGCAUGGCGAUGCCGCAGAGAUGGGCGGUCCAGCAACAGGAGGUGCUUUCGGCUCAAGAUUGGGUGGAUGGAAGAGAGCCGGUCUGCCUCGACUUGAGUUCUUUAGUGACCUGCAGAGAAUUCUCGCGGCUCUGCCUGGUAACGACGCGACCGUCAACAAGGGCUACAUUUGCAGCGAGGUACCGGUGGUAGAGGAAGUUGCCAUGCCGUUGGAUCAUCAUGCGAGCACUAGUACGAGUAGUAAUGCGCUCAUCGACAAGCUCGAGGCUGAAGCCGUAUCCGAUAGCUUCCUUGAUAAAGAGCACAUACGAUCUCCAUCAGCAACGAUGGAUGUCAGACCUGAAGCUGGAGCAGCGAAGCAGGAGGGGGCACAGCAAGGGCAGAGACUGAGUCUAAACCUGCCAACUGCGGGAGACAGAGGAGGGAUGUCUAGGAGUCCAUCGCCAAUCCCACGCGCACCAAGUGUGCCGCUGCCAUACAGACAUUCACCUCUGUCUGCAACUGUACCCUUAGGUCAGGGAUCAGUGUCGACGCACGGUCGAAGCUCGUUAUCCAUAGCAGAGAGGACAGAGAAAGCGGGAAGUUCGACCCACUCAACUCCACCUUCUUCUGCUCCUGGGGCGGAUGAUGAUGCUGCAACGCCGACGAAUCACAAGCCAACGAUUCUGGAUGCUUCGGCAAUGCAAGGCUCUACCUCAAACCAGCAGUCAUCGGACCCGACAACGACUUCUGCGCCCGCAACUGACAAAGUUGUAACAGAAGAACAAGGUCAAUCCACACUGCACAGCAAAACAGAGGCUAGCAGUCCACAGAAGUCAUCAGGCACCACAACUGCUCCUCGACCGCCCAUCCCAGUUCGAACAAACUCUGUGUCUGCUUUGACUGCGUCGAAGGAGCGCUUCUGA